ACUGCAGAACGCGCGCUCAGAUGCAGAACAGUGGAUGCUCGGAGCGGUUCUGAGAUCUGUGCUUGUCGGAAGUUUCAGGGAAAGCGCGUGUGAAUCCUCGAUAGUUCUCGAGAGCAUUGCAAAUUAGGAAAAAAUUACCGCAGGAAAAUGUGGCAUUUAGCGGUCUUGCUGUUGUGUUCAGCCAGCGGCGUCAGCUUCGCCUCCCACUGGGGAUAUCCCACGCCCAGGCCCAAUGGCGAAGUCGUUGGCCCGGAAAACUGGGGCGGCGCGUGCGACACGGGCCUGAAGCAGAGUCCAGUGGAUCUGUCGUUCAGAGCGUCCGUUCGCGGCAAAUUCCCACUCCUGCAUUUUGAGGACUACGACGAGCCCAUCAAGGGGGCGCAGGUGCUCAACACCGGCCACUCAAUUCAAAUUAACGUUGGAUCGCCGCCAAAUGUGGUGCUUUCCGGUGGGGGUUUGCCAAGCGAGCAGUACGUCAUGGAGCAAAUGCACUUUCACUGGGGCUCCGAGCACACAAUCAACGGCCGCCGAUAUGCGCUGGAGCUGCACUUGGUGCACUUCGACAGCAAAUUCCCCACGAUUCAAGAGGCCGUGGCCACGCGGAAUGGCGUUGCGGUGCUCGGCGUGCUCUUCUACGUCUCGUCGCAGGCGAAUCCUGACCUGGAAAACAUCCUCGACAGCGCCACGACGGCAAAGGAUGUGGUGGGCAUGUCGGAUGUGUUGCUGCAGCCACUCUCGCCGGAUGAUUUGCUCCCCCGCAAUCGGGACGCGUACUUCCGCUACGAGGGCUCGCUCACCACGCCCGGAUGUGGCGAGGCGGUUCAAUGGACAGUUUUCACUCAAUCUCUGCCAAUAUCCUUUGAGCAGCUGGAGCGCUUUAAGAGCAUCAAGACCAACAAUGGCACAAUCCUCACCCACAACUUCCGCACCGUUCAGCCUCUCAACUCGCGCCCAUUGAUUUACGUCGCCCCCACAGAGUACGAGGAGGAAGUUUCAUCUGCAGACGCCGUCAAAUAUUCCUCAGCGCUUGCCAUCUGUCUCUUUGUAGCGCUAUUAGCUUAAGAGAACAUCUCUCAAGACUCACUCUUCCGCGCUUCCCGAUCUCAAGAGAGCACUUCGUUUUGGGAAAGAAUCUAAUAAUUCAUCUGUGUUAGUUUAUUGUAGGAAAAAUGUUCGUGCCAAAAAUGCAUCUGUAGCAAAAGUGAUGAAGUUCAGUUGCAAAAUUCUGACUAGUCAAAUAAAAUUGUAUUAUUCGUUAGUUCCUAAAA